CCAAGGUAAAAACAUAUAAAUUAUAUCUAGAAUGUUCAUGAAACAAUUGAAGACAGAGUUCUUAUGAAAAAAAUUCUUCUUCUUUCAUGCAUGAUUAUUAUUGCAACAUAAAAGGCAAUACGUGUUCAUCACGGGAUCAUGUAUAAGACAUUUCCAUUAAAAGGUGUGAUAAACAAGGAGCUCUAGUGCUACAUGCUAAGGCUUAUGUAACCUUUUUAAGUUUGGCAGGUUUUUGAACUAUAACAGAUGGUGUACAGUAUGUCACCCCAAUCUGUUGCUUUGACUUAAGGUUCCCAAAAUCCAACCCAGUAUGUCCCUCUGGCGUGUCUGAGGGUGUUAACAUGACUUUGUGUUCCCAUUUUUUGUCAUACCAACCUCAUUAGUCCUAAAAUGAGACCCAAAGACUCAGUUUGUUCCAAGAGAAACAGAAAUGUUUCCACACUGCUGAGGGCUGACGAGGGGAUCAUAACUCUGAACCACAGACAUUUGGAAGUUGUCACUUUCUGGUCUUUACAUUAUCAUGAAAAUGAGCAAAAACUUGGUGUUCUGCUCUUAGCAGUGAGAGUAAAAAGAGAACUGUAAUAAGAUGAAGCUGCACUCGUGCAAAUGAUCCAUCUAAACUUCAAACACUAGCAGCUGUGGUUUAAGCUCCGCCUCUGUUUUCCAACAGACACUAAGAACUAUGCAAAUGAUCUUUCAUCUAUUUGCUGAAUGAGUAGAGCUGCUCCACGCCACAAAAACCACAGACGUCAACAAACUUUUACCUUAAUCAUUCCCAGACAGCCCACGGCUCCAAGCUACUCUGGAUAAAGGAUUUAUUUUGACAUGGAGCCAAACUGUAAAUAUGAGCUUCAUUGUGUUCAAAGAGAGGCGUCUUUAACCCCACUCACGACCACGUUUCAUUGUGAGAGAACAGCCGUGAGAGAAACAGAGCUCAGAUCACUUCAGACUCCACGGUAGUUCUAAUGUUCUGGUAGGAUUAGUUCAGGUUUUGUUUAGAAACUGGAUAAAUCUUGUAUUGCAUGAUUUAACCAAAUUCAUGGCAAGCAGCCCCUGCUGGUGAAAAGGCUUUGCUUUCUGGUAGAAAUGGAUGGAAUCAUGUGAUCACUCACACUAUUACUGAGACAUUUUCAAAUGCAGCAUCUCCCUAUUCACUUUCAAGAAAAUGGGAUUUAUUUAUUCAUGUUUUAUUUAUUUAUACAUUUUUGCCUUCAGGCCAAAGCCCAUUAAUGGGCAAAUUAACACUCUAAAUUUCCCCCCAAAAACACAUUUUUCAUGUAAAUAUAAUAAAACAGGGAGGUGCAUUAUUUCAAAUGUUCAUAAACCUUUGAUGUAUGUUAAAAGUCAAUAUUUAAGACUUUUAGUAGAGUUUGAAACUGCUGACCUGCUAUCACCCAGUUGCUGCUGGCUUCAUAUAAUUACACUCAACUGAUUUCUGUAAACCGUGCAGUAUUUUACUGCAAUGUCAGCAGUAAAAUACUGCACAAAGGCUUGACGGUAUUUUACUGUAAACACCAAUGAAUUGUGGGAAUUUACUGUAAAAGCAAUGGAUUGUGGGAAUUUCCCUUGUCAUUGCUGUAAUUCCCAGUUACUGUGAAUCAGAAUAUAGUGAGAAAAAUCUCUACAAAACUAUGACCAAUCACAAAAAAGUAUGUCAUUUUUUUUGUCUUACCUACUUGGACUAAGUUACAUCUGCUAUUAAUAACAAACACAAAGGCUGUUAAUUGUUAUCAAGUUUCAAACAUUGUUUACAUUUGGAUUCACGUAAAAAAAAAUCACCUGACACCACAAAUAUAUCCCCUGAUACCAAAUACUUUUAUAGUUGUUUUUUUUUAUAUAACUCCAAUAGAAUGGAAAGCAGUAUUUUUUAUUUUUAUUUUGGGGGGGGACUUGGUUCUCCUCGGGACAUGGCCAGUACAAUUGAUGUACAAUUAAUGCUGCAUUCACACCGGACGCGACCGGCAUGACAAAUUUUUGUCCGAAUUAAUGAAUUAAAACAUCUGAUAUCAUUUUAUAUUUUAAACGAAAUGGUUUUUCAUUAAAAAAUAUAUAUAUUUUUUUUAUUGUUCAACUUUUUAUUACACUUGAGAAGAUCCACAAUCACAAUUGACAUCACCCCAUUCAAAACCUUAAUGAAUUCAAUCUGGAAUUUAAAUAAUGGCACUGAACAACUGAACACAUACAAAAUAUGAAGGUUAUAAGAACAUUUAGUCUUUGAAAAGAACUGCAUAUUUAAAAAAUAGAAGCUAUUUAUGCUCACAAAGAUAACUUAAGAGCUGAAAUGUUGAUUGUUAAUGUGCAGGUUGCACAUUAUGUACAGUGUUUUCUUUUAUAUGUGUUAUUUAAUAAAGUAAAAGCAUGUAGAAGCUGGACCAGCUGAUCCAAAUCAUGUGGUCUGCAAGACGCAGGAAUGUAUUACAGUCUUUGACAUAUUGCCUGUCCCCUCACACAUACCACAUAAACACUGCUUUGCUCUGUGGUUCACACGGCGGCAGCGUUCUGCUUUGCGGGAGCUGCGCCGCCUCUCUGGUCACGGAUGGUCGGCUGGCGCUUGUCUGGCUGGAUAAGCGAGAGGGAAGCCUGGUGGUAUCAGGCUGGGCGCUUGUGUCCUCAGCAGCGCUUACCACGGUGGUUGCAGACAUGAGCUACACCAGCCGACUGAUCUGCUCAGCCAGAAGGAACAGAAAAUGUUCUCCAGGAGCUCAGGACCAAUCAGGUGUUAGGUCCUGCCAGCUCCUCCCACAGUAUGCAAAUGAGAUGCACUUAAAGCUAUAUAAAACAAUCGAAGCCCCGCCCCUUAGGCUUGUAAAAAAAUAAAAUAGCAUUUGAAAAAACAAGAAAAUGAAAGUUAUAAAAACAUAACAGUAACUGACUAAAAAUAGUUUGACUUCAAAUGUAUUUUCAUUUUAUUGAAUUUGCGGUCAUUUUUGUUUCAAUUCGAUGACACAUGAAGGUGGCUACAUUACAACAUCAUAAUGUUUCUGCUUGUUUCCCCCUUAGACUGUAAAGAUAAAGACAGAACUGGGUGUGAUGUCACCCGUAGAAAAUGCCUUACAUCCAGCUCCAGCAAAUUCAGUCGCCAUUUUUUCACGAUAUUGAAGCUGCCAUUUGGAGCCAGUCGACAGUGAUUGGUCCGCGUAAUGUUUCUAGAGCAACUAAUGUCUGUAAUCAUGAGCAUAUUGUUUAAACAGGCUCGGGAAAACCUGUCAAUUAAAUGUUUAAGGUCGGGUAAGCAGGGACCACAUGCUCUCACUGAGGCAUCUGAUUGGUCAGUUUAUAACUUGAAUAACUUAUCAUGAAAAAAACAAGAUGUUAAGUGUUCAGAUUUGUUAAACUGUUCAGACUUUUUUUUACUUUUUUCUAAUUGUUAAUGGAGCUUUAGAAUGAUGUUCAGCCACCAUUUUUUCUGCCACCAGGUCUCACCCAGGAUUUUGGCUUCCUGGAGCCAGCAGGAUUUUUGACGGUUGCAGCUCAUGAAUGUCUCCCCAGAAUGCCUAUGGAACAAGUGGGUGGGAUAUCCUCUCACAGCAUUGUCCAUCUAGUCUUCACCUGUCACUGGCUACUCCUCCAAGUAACCUUUGGUCAGAAACCUGCCAAGCUCCCUCUGAUUAACCAUAAGCCCUUUAUUGCUGCCUGGAAUGCCCCACUAGACAUGUGCACCAUUAAGUACAAUAUCACUGCCAAACUUGACCAUAUUUUCCACAUACAGGGAAGCCCACGUGCUAACUGGACAGGACAGAACGUCACCAUAUUCUAUGCCAACAGGCUUGGUCUCUACCCUUACUACACUCCACAAGGCAGCGCCAUACACGGUGGCUUACCCCAAAACAGCAGCCUUGAACGGCACCUUCUAAAAGCUCACCAGGACAUCACUCACUUCAUACCAGCAGAAGACUUCCGUGGUCUAGCUGUGAUAGACUGGGAAUUCUGGCGGCCUCAGUGGAGUCGGAACUGGCACAAAAAGGACAUUUAUCGGCGCAGGUCAAAGGAGCUGAUAAUGAAAGCAUACAUUAAUGUUACUAUGGCUCAAGUGGAGGAGCUUGCACGGCGGCGGUUCGAGAAAAGUGCCAAGGUGUUCAUGCAACGGACAAUUCAGCUAGGAUUGCACCUCCGCCCAAAUGCCCUUUGGGGUUUCUACCUUUACCCUGACUGUCAUAACUAUAACUUGCAUGAAAAAAAUUACACUGGUGUCUGCCCAAUGCUGGAGAAACUGAGAAACGAUGAGCUGCUUUGGCUAUGGAACAGCAGCACAGCACUAUUUCCAUCAGUGGCAAUCAGAAAAACCCACAGAGACAGCAUCCAAAACCUGUACUUCUCCCAACACAGAAUCCGGGAGGCCCUACGAACUGCAUCCAUGACCUCUAAGGAGUAUGACCUCCCCACCUAUGUUUACCUCAGACUUGGCUAUCGGGAUGAUGCCCUGUCCUUUCUAACCACAAACGACUUGAUCUACACCAUUGGAGAAAGUGCUGCUUUGGGGGCUGCUGGAUUCAUUAUAUGGGGGGACUUAAAUUUGACAUCCUCUAAGAAUAACUGCACCAUGGUAAAGUCCUUUGUCAGCCAUCGGCUCGGACACUACAUCACUAAUGUUACACGAGCCGCUGAGAUCUGCAGCAACGCUCUGUGCCAGGGCAACGGCCGAUGUGUUCGUCGGGACCCCCGCGCCCACCACUACCUCCACCUGAAUGCUGACAGCUAUCACAUUCAUCCCUCUGGGGAUGGGGCCUUCACGGUUACUGGCUGGCAUUCGCAGCAUGACCUGCAGCUCCUGACGAAGAAGUUUCGCUGCCACUGCUAUGAAGGACAUGAAGGAGACAGCUGUGACAGCAUCAAUAAAGUGAGGGAGGAUGACGAGCUAUGGAGGGAAGAGGACGACAGAGACGAGAGGAAGAGGGUAGACUGGGAAGAGGAGCAAGGUGAACGAGUAGAAGGAAGGGAGAAUGCUGCACUACCGACGAGCUGCAGGCAUUGGAUAAUCGCAUUUGUGCUUCUAUUCAACGUCCUGUUUGUGGAGGAAGUUUUAUCAUGACAAAAAUCACAAUAAAAACAGUUUAUGCUUCUUCUUAAACACAAUUACUGUGACGGUUGAUAUAACUGUUUGCUGCAUCAGCAAAGUGAACGUUCCAGAUGAGUCUUUACAGAACUUUAACAACAUUCGUCAAUGUUGAAGAAUAUUCUUCAAGGUGCUCAGGUGUCAGACUGAAGACAUUCUAGCCCAUACUAGACAGGGAACACGAUGCACUGUGGACAUGUCUCCAGGCAGUUAUUUAGCUGUUCUUUUUAUUAUUUGCUCUUUUUUUUCUUGAACAUAGUAACAUUAAAUUCCUCAUUGUGGGAGAAGUUCUAUUCCUAUUCGUAAACUCUUGAAGAUUAUUUCUGUCGAACCAAUGAUCUAAAUGUAUUGCACUGCCACAUGUAAAAUGUAAGAAUCAAUGAUAGGUUUGACAUUUUAAAGUAUAUUUUUUAUAAUAAAAUGUUUUUUUUAAUUAAAAUCAUGUAAAUUCUGCCUUUUUAUUUCAAAAUGACUGGAGUUGAAGAAAUGCAAAAUGUAAAACACAAUAGUACUUUCCUGAUAUCAAUGAAACCUCACUGAUUCCUG